UCGACUUGAGGAUAAUUUAAUUUUUUACGAGUUUGCAGGUAUGUAGCGUAGUAGCAGGUAAUCUCGGCUAAAUUUCUAGUUUAAAUUUCAAAAUAAAAGUGUUCCACGCUUCCUUCGACUAUCGUAAACGUUAAAUUAUUAACAUGACUGACGAAGACGAUAACGACGACAUGCCAUGUCUUUCUACCGAAGCUAUGCUCGCUUUACAAGAGUUCAUGAACGAGAAACAAAUGCAAAAUAAUCUGAGCUCCGAUUCAAAUACCGAUGAACCGCUAAAAGUGAACGAUAUUGAGGAAAAUUGGCAACUGAGCCAGUUCUGGUACGAUGACCAAACUGCCGAACAGCUAAGUUCCGAAGCACUAAAUGAGAUUGAAAAUAGUGGGAAAAUAGCCCUAAUAGGAUGCCCAUCUAUAUAUUACUUUUUAAAGAAACGAAUCAACGAUUCAGUCUCCAUCAGGUUAUUAGAUGUUGACAAACGAUUCUCAGCUUACAAAGACGAUUUCAUUUAUUACGAUUACAACGAACCAUUACCACCGCACAUAAAAGACCAAUGGAAAAAUUAUUUCGAUAUUGUCGUACUCGAUCCUCCAUUCCUUUCGGAAGAAUGUUUCCUGAAAUGUGCCCUUACCGCGAAAUACCUCGCUAAAGAUAAAAUUAUAAUAUGUACAGGAGCUGUGAUGGAAUCGUUCGUUAAAAAAGUACUGAACGCAAACAAGACAACUUUCGAACCAAAGCACAAGAAUAAUCUGGCGAAUGAAUUCUGUUGUUAUAUAAACUAUUCGAGUAAAUCUUUGAAAUUGGCUUCAGAGUCGUAGCCCGACGCAAUGAUACAAUCCAACUUGUAAAUGUUUUCUUACAAAAAUCGUCGCUGUAAAUAUUUAUACUGCUAAUAUAAACAUUUGCUGUGAAACUUA